AUGACAAUCAGAACAAUAAAUGAAUUAAUAAAAUUUAAUUUAGAUUUUAUAAUUGAUAAAAAAAAGUUUUUAGAAUAUGAAAAGCAUAAUAAUAAAAUAAAUAAAGAAGAGUUUUAUAAUAAAAUAAUGGAAUCAAUAGAAACUAUAGAAUGUGCAUUCAAUAAAUUUGAAUUUCAAGAAAUAGCUCUUAGUUUUAAUGGUGGAAAGGAUUGUUGUGUUUUAUUACAUUUAAUUAAUUAUGUUUUAUUAAAAAAAUUUAAAAAUACUAUCAAUAACUCAUGUAAUAAUAAUAAUAAUAUCAAUAAUAAUAAUAAUAAAAAUAAUAAUAAUAAUAAUCAAAUAAAUAAUAAAAGAAAUGGAUUAAAAACUAUAUAUUUCCAAACACCUGAUAGUUUUAAUCAAGUGAAUGAAUUCACUGAAACUUGUUCUUCAAUAUAUAAUUUAAAUUUAUUAGAAGUUUCAUCAAUUGGGAUUAAAGAAGGUUUAGAAAAAAUUAUUACAAGCGAAAAUAUAAAAGCAGUUUUCAUUGGCAUAAGAUUUGGUGACCCAAAUUCAUUACAUUUAGAGAAAUUCUCUUAUACUGACCCUGGAUGGCCACAUUUUUUAAGAGUAAAUCCAAUUUUAAAUUGGAAUUAUCAUGAAAUUUGGGAAUUCAUUAAAAUUUGUAAUAUUCCCUACUGUGAAUUAUAUGAUCAAGGUUAUACAUCAAUUGGACAACAACAUGACACAAUUCCAAAUCCAGAUUUAUUAAUACCAUCAACACUCGAUCAAUAUUAUCAUGCUAAUCGUUUAGAAAAUGCUGAAAAUGAAAGAAAAGGAAGAGGUAAAAAUAUUAAACAAAUUUAUCAACAACAAUUAUUAGAAAAACAACAACAACAACUACACAGUCAACAGAAAUUGUAG